AUUUUUUGAGUGAUUUCGUAAAAUCGUGUAACUGUUCGUAAAGUGGUUUUCGUGGAAUCGAGUGGCUGAUUAUAAUUAAUGAUUUUUGGGAUUUUUGGGAUUUUUGAAUAUUCAUGAUUUUCCUAUUUGAUAUUGUAUUAUUUAGACUUUAUUUGAUUAUCUGUAAUUGAUUGAUCUCUUUACGUAAUUUGUUUUGAUCAUCGCUAAAAUGUCACGAGCUUAUGUGAUGUUGGUAUGUUCGAUAAAAUGAAUGAAAGAUUCUAGAAGAUGAAUUCACUGAGAACAUUUUAUUCCAUUCCUGGAGGAGACGAUAUGGCAAUAUAGCGUAUAAUAUGAACUGCUACGCUUGUCUACGAUGAAAACAGAUGUUUAUCGCGUGUACCAGCAUUUCCAGAGAAGUUAUUAAUUCUGAAUGAAGUUGUUCAAAGAUGAUGCGAAAUUCGUUGCACAAGACAGAUUGCGAUUGCGUAAUUCUCUACGUGAAUCUGUAUCUUCAUCGCAUCACAUAUGUAUGUAUGUAUUUGCUUGUACGUAGAGUGAAUCUGUGUAUUCGUUCGUUAGAUUGCUACGAGUUUCAGGCAUCUUCAACACAGUCAUCGCGAUGAUUACGCUCGCUCGAAAAUAUCGUAGAAUGUGUGAAUCUCGUUUUAAAAACGAAAUAACUAGACAGCGAGUUUGGAAAAAAAAUUGAUUAACGCAAUAGCAAAUACUAACGAACUCUCGAGGAUAAUUCAAUUUGUCGUGGAAAUUCUGAAAAAAUGAUAGACCGCCGCGCAGCAUCAUCCAGAGGCGUAGAUCGAAAUACCAAAUAUUAUAUUUUUUUUUCUUUUUUAAUAAAUUUUGUAGUUCCAAAGUAGAAGCACUGAUAGGUUAAUAGCACGAUCUCGUGGAAUAUUUAGAACACGAAUUGAAUGCAGCCGUCAUGCAAAUUGCAAAACAAAAGAGAACUUCAUUUCGCCUCGAACAACGACUGAAAAAUCGAGUACGACGUUUAAAACGCCCGAAAUAAUAGAGGGUUGCUUUUUUUAUAGACAUCACGAUUCCUUUCUACACUCAGCCGUUGAAUAGAUUUAAAAAAUGAACUUAGUGCUUCAGACACACGGGGCGAAGCAUAUAUACAAAGUACCAGAAGGACUAAGGGAAUUGUGUACUGAUAUCUCGCGGGAAGUUCUUCGUUCCCAGCCAGCCAAUUUAAUCGCCUUUAUCGCCGAUUACGUGGAUACGCUUCUGAUCACACGCGAAAACACAAAAGUUGCGGUUAAAGUCGUAAACAACAUUUUACUUGAGAGCCAAGCUAUUCUGUGCAUACUUUACCGGACCGGUUUCACUUUGGAGCAGAUCGCAGUCGCGGCUCCGAGGAUCCAAGUGAAUUUUAUUGUCGUGCUGACCGCUUGUCGAUGGCUACGCGAUAUUUCCAGUCCUUUCUUCCUUUUCUUUUCUCCUUCCCUUUCUGCAAUUUUCCUUUUAGUAUCUCGCUCCUUUUUAUUUUUUUUCAUUUCCCAGAAAGCAUUCCGCGAGUAUUUGGACGAGGUUGACACGCAACCGGUACAGGCAUGCGAAGAUCCAACUUGCGACGAAAAAUCUAUGAUAUCGAUACGAGAUAUCCUAGAAGCUACGGGAGCUGCACGAGAAGAUGCAGAGCGUGCUGCCACAGUGAUACAAGCUGCGUUUCGUGGCCAUUACGAGAGAAUGGUGCUGAGCGAAGCUGAAGGGAAGAUUCAAUGGCAAAGAGCAGUGACGAAUACACUGGAUAUCCUGAGAAAAGCUGGUGCCACGCAAGCGGAAAUUUCUAAAGCCGCAAGACUCGUGAAAGUAAUUUUCCUCUCUUUAACACGACACUACCUGUUGAUGUUCGCAGCGGGAACGGAAGAAGCACCUCUGAAGAAGGAUGAACGUAUACUCGAACCCGUGGAAGCUGUUCAAGCAGUCGCUUGGAUGGAAAUGAUGUACCAAGAUUCUGGAUUAACAUUGGAAAAAGCCAACGAGGCUGCUGCAAUUAUCCAGAGAGCUUACAAAGAAUAUCGUGCGAGAAGACGAUGCUACGACGUACAACAAUUGGUGACAACGCAGACAAUGGUCGCUGAAGCUAUCGUCGAUACGGUACAUCGCAAGAUUUUUGAAAAGGUCACCUCACGUCCGGACAUCCCCACCGAAUAUGGCACUCGCGAGGAAAUGAUGGCCACGAGCACGCAACUUCAACUUACUUUCAAAGAACAUAUGAAGAUGAGCCGCUUAAUAAAAGAAAGUGACUUAAAACCUGGCGAAUACGAGGAGGACGAGGAAGAAUACAAAAAGCAAAAAAAGGUGGAGGAAGUUGUGCCUACUGAACCUGCGCCCAAACCUAAAUAUCGUCCGGUAGAACCACGAGUUCCACCAUCGAGAACAGAAUACAGGGAAGAACCAUUGACAGAAGAAGAAGAAACGGAAGAACUGCAAGCGACAGAAACUGAAAUUACGGAGCCGUUGACCGUAAGUCCGGAUUUACAAACGGAACCUGAAACAGAGCGGUCAGAACUCGUCGACGAAAUCGAGGAAGAUGAAGUGCGUGAGACGAAAGAAGAUAUAGUAAAGGAAAAAGAAGAGGAAGAAGAAAAGGAAGCAGAGAAGGAAGAAGAGGAAGAAGAAAAGAAACCAGAGAAGGAAGAAGAGGGAGAAGAAAAGGAAGCAGAGAAGGAAGAAGAGGAGGAUGAAAAGGAUGAAAAAUUAAAAGAAAAAGAAACGGAAGAGAAGGAGGAAGAAUAGAGAGAGAGAAGAAGGCAAAAGAAGUAGAAGAAACGGAGCGAAAAGUGGAGGAGAUGGAAAAGAAAAAAGGAGAGACGCAAGAGUGUCCAAAUGAUGCCCAAGAGGCUGGCGGUACAGAGGCCGUUGUAGCGGAAUGAUAUAAAUGCGCUCGUUUAUUAACUUUAUUAAAGCAAUAUACUUCCAAAAUAAGUUUAUUAACUUUAUUAGCGCAAUAUACCUUAAAAAAUAACCAUCCGGAGGAGCGACGGUGUGCCAACCUUGAAAUUGAACUACUGUCCGAAACUUCUUUGCCCCUUUUUGUGGACGAAGAUAAAAAUUAGAAUGAAAAUUCGUGUGCAGAAAUCUUAUAGCGAUUUUAAUGUAAAUUUGUUAAAUACAUAGAGCGGUGUCUUCGUACAAAGGUAAAAUAUAUAUGUGAUA